AGCAGCCCUGGACCAGGCUGUAGGGGCUGCAGUGACCAGCAUGGGUCCCGAGGUGGUGUUGCAGGCCGUGCCCUUGGAAAUCGAUGGCUCUGAGGAGACUCUGGAUUUCCCACGGAGCUGGCUGCUGCCUGUCAUCCGGGAUCAUGUUCGGGAAACCAGGCUUGGUUUCUUCACCACUUACUUCUUGCCCUUGGCCACCACUCUUAAGAGAAAAGGCCUUUUGGUUUUGGUAAAAUGAGGCCGAUAGGCCAAGAGGAUAUCUUGGGUCACACCAUGUCUUUGUCACACCCUCCAGCAAUGGACCUGGCUCAGGCAGGCAGCACAGUGGAGUCGAAGAUUUAUGAUACACUCCAGUGGCAGAUCUGGACCCUCCUGCCUGGGUUCUGCACAAGGCCCACAGAUGUGGCUGCCUCCUUCAAAGGCCUGGCACGGACUCUGGGCACAGCUAUCAAUGAACGCCCAGACCUGAGGGUCACUGUGUGCCAGGCCCUACGUACCCUCAUCACUAAGGGCUGUGAGGCAGAGGCUGACCGAGCUGAAGUGAGCCGCUUUGCCAAAAACUUCCUGCCAAUCCUCUUCAACCUGUAUGGGCAGCCUGUUGCAGCUGGAGAGGCGGCAGCCCCUCGCCGUGCUGUGCUGGAAACCAUCAAAACUUACCUCACCAUAACUGAGGCUCAGUUGGUGAAUAGCUUCCUGGAAAAAGCCACCGAGAAGGUUCUCGAUCCUGCCAGCUCUGAUUUCACCAGAUUGUCUGUCCUGGAUCUGGUUGUGGCUUUGGCUCCUUACUCGGAUGAAGCUGCCAUCAGUAAGCUAUACUCUACCAUCCGGCCCUACCUUGAGAGCAAGGUCCACGGUGUACAGAAGAAGGCCUACCGCGUGCUGGAGGAGGUGUGUGCCAGUUCUCAGGGCCCGGCAGCCCGCUUCGUGCAGAGCCACCUGGAUGAUCUGAAGAAGACUCUGCUGGACUCGCUUCGGACCACAUCCUCGCCUGCUAAAAGGCCCCGUUUGAAGUGCCUCAUACAUAUUGUGAAGACGCUGUCGGCUGAGCAUGAGGAGUUCAUAGCUGCCCUCAUCCCAGAGGUGAUCCUGUGCACCAAGGAGGUGUCAGUGGGUGCAAGGAAGAGUGCGUUUACCUUGCUGGUGGAGAUGGGCCAUGCUUUCCUGCGAUUUGGCUCCAACCAGGAAGACGCUCUGCAGCGGUACCUUGUCCUCAUCUAUCCUGGCCUUCUGGGUGCAGUUACCACAGUUAGUUGCAGCAUUUUGGCUCUGACCCACCUCUUGUUUGAGUUCAAAGGGCUGAUGGGGACCAGCACAGUGGAGCAGCUCCUGGAGAACGUGUGCCUGCUGCUGGCCUCUCGAACCCGUGAUGUGGUCAAGUCCGCGCUAGGCUUCAUCAAGGUUGCUGUGGUGGUCAUGGACGUGGUGCACCUUGCUAAGCAUGUGCAGCUAGUGAUGGAAGCCAUUGGGAAGUUGUCAGAUGACAUGCGACGGCACUUCCGGAUGAAGCUUCGGAACCUGUUCAUCAAGUUCACCCGCAAGUUUGGAUUCGAGUUGGUGAAGGGUCUGCUACCCGCAGAAUACCACAAAGUCCUGAUAAACAUCAGGAAAGCUGAGACCCGAGCCAAGAAGCAUCGUGCCCUGAGCCAGGCUGCUGUAGAGGAGGAGGAAGAGGAGGAAGAGGAAGAGGAGCCUGUCCAGAGCAAAGGUGACAGCAUUGAGGAGAUUUUGGCUGACUCUGAGGAUGAGGAUGAGGAAGAAGAAAGAGGCCGGGGCAAGGAGCAGCGGAAGCUGGCACGACAGAGGAGCCGGGCAUGGCUGAAGGAAGGUGGUGGCGAUGAGCCCCUCAACUUCCUGGAUCCCAAGGUGGCCCAUCGAGUCCUUGCCACCCAGCCUGGGCCUGGGCGGGGCAAGAAGAGGGACCAUGGCUUCAAGUUGAGUGCUGAUGGCCGGCUGAUCAUACGGGAGGAGGAAGAUGGAAACAAGGUGGAGGAAGAAGAUGGCACUAAAGGGGAAGAUGAAGACAUGACCGAUGCGAUGGAGGAUGCCAGUGUGAGAAGUAAAAAGAAGCUUAAGCGGCAGAGGGAGGACGAGGAGGAUGAGCUGGAGAUCCCACCUCGGUACCAAGCUGGAGGCUCUGGCAUCCAUCGCCCUGUGGCUAAGAAGGCUGCACCUGGAGCUGAAUACAAGGCCAAGAAGGCAAAAGGCGAUGUAAAGAAGAAGGGCCGCCUGGAUCCCUAUGCGUACGUUCCACUCAACAGAUCCAAGCUCAACCGCAGGAAGAAGGUGAAGCUCCAGGGGCAGUUUAAAGGUCUGGUGAAAGCCACCCAGCGGGGAUCCCAGGCGGGACACAAACUCCGCAGAAAGGAUCGGCGGCGGCCCUGAAUCCCUCUGGGGAAUGGAGCUGUUCUCUGCUGUGGUCCAGGGCCCCUUUCUAACUCCCAUGAUGUUUAACACCAACUCCAGGUGUGAGCCUUGCUAAACCUGGACAGAGAAUGACUCAUUGGAAGCAGGACUCAUUUCUAAGAGAGAUAGAUGCCUAGGAUUUUGGAAACUAUUGUCCUUUGGAGACAUUGCCAACAUCUAGGAGUGGAAAUGUGACGUCGCUACCUCUGAGAAGGCCUUAAGUGGUGCUCUGCUUUCUGUCCAAUGUGGCCAUGAGAGCAGAGUGAUGACUGUGGUCUGCGUGUGUAAGAUCUGCUCUAACCAGGCGUAGAAUAAAUGUGCAUGACCAUGUUUCAGCCCUGAUGAGUGGCUUGGCCCCUUCCUAUCCAAUUCCCAGUAGUCUGUCUAGCCUGUAGCCUUCACCUGUGUCAGGAGGACUCCCUGAAUCAGAAGUGGCAGUAGGAGGUGGAAGGCGCAGAGGGUACUCCAUGGCUGGUUGCUAGAUCACAGGGUAGAGCGCCAGGGCCCCGGACCAGGCAGACGGAGACCAUGCUGACCGCUCUCAGAGCUGCAUCUUGCGCUGCCCCUGUUCAUAAGCCUCUGUCAACAUCUCUGUCCAUUGACUCAGCAGAGCUACUGAGCCCUUCCUGGCUUCAGCAAUCAUCAAAGGAACCAAAGCAGAGAACGUAGAGGAAUGCGGCUCUCGUGUUUGCUCACAAGGCUUGUUCUCUUAUACCUCCCAGGACCACCUCCCACAUCAGUCAGUAAUUGAGAAAAUGCCCUCCCGAGUGCAGGCCGUCCUCCUGAUGACUCAAGCUAUGUCAAGUAGACACAAAACUGGCCGGCACACCCAUCUUCCCUCACUCUUUUUUGUAGCUCUACCUGUGCACUCUAAUUCCCACUCGCCCUUUGCAGUGUUCCAAGAUCACUGGACCUGUCAGCCCAGAAGCAGAGGACCCUAGUACUGUCUGCAUCCUCUAGUACAUGGAGUAUGCUUUGUCAUGAUUACUGAGUUCUGGCUCCUAUCCUUUCCUGUGAGAUGAAACCAAGGUACACACUUCUUUCCCUCAAGGCAGGGCUUUUCUGUACAGCCAUAGAGGGCCUGCCUGGGACUCAUGCUGCCGACCAGUCUGUCAUUGAACUCAGAGGUCUGCCUGCCUCUGCUCCCCAAGUGCUGAGAUUAAAGGUGUGUGAUAACCUCCACCAAGCUACAACAUACAUGUUCUUAAGGAGUUUCUGUUUUGGUUUAAUUCCUUUGGCACUAAUGAUGACUCUGGUAGACCCUGCAGUAUUCUUGAUAGCCUGUCUCUUGAUACUGUUUUCUUCCACUUUCCAAGAGGACCCAAGCCCUUUCUGGAGUCAGUGUGUUUCAUGCUAGGGCAUUCCCAUCUAUGAUCUUGGCCUGAGAGCCUGACAGGAAUCAGGUUGCCAAGAGGUGGCACUGUUUACAGGCCUCCCAGAAAUCUAGAAUGGGAGAGCAAGCUAGAAAGGUAGCCAAAAGAUUGGUUUAUAAAGCUUAUCCAAUCAUAACCCCCAUUAUUCCCACUCAGCAUCACAUUUAUCUCAGCCCAGGGCUUUCCAGGCUCCUCUUCUCUCAGGAAAUGGAACCAUAUGUAUUAGGAAACCUCCUGAUGCUGACCUGCUUGUAACAUCUUCCAAGGAGCUCUGCUUCCUUUCAAGGAGGGUGGGGAAGAUGACCCAGGAAGGUUGGUAGUAGUGAGGUGUUGAACUCUGUUCUUUGAGAGUUAGUCUUUGAGGUUUGGGCUUUGGUGAAGGGACAUGUAUUGGUCUUUCUGCCUUAGGAACUCAGGUGCUUGGGAGAUGUUAUAGAAGGUGGUGCUGUUUUUCUGUCCAUGGGGGCCGUGUGAUACAGCAUUCUACACACAGGAGUUACUCCAUCACAGGGAUAGUAGAAAAGCUGUAAGCUUCAUCCAAGGUCUACAUUUACAACUUAGCUUCUUUGGUUUUUGUUGAUGUUGGAAUCUGAGUCAUUUCCAUGCUUUCUCUUCUGAAUCCAUCUUCCAUUCAUUCUCAAAAACUGAAGGAAAAUCUAUACCCUGCCCCCGCCUCACUACAUACUAUCCAAAAGGCAGCUCAUCGCAGGAAUGUGCUCAGGCAUUGGGCCUUACAGAGCCAAUAUAGUCAGGUGGUUGCCCUUAGUCAAGAAUCAGGUUGGGCUGCCCGUAUUUUCCUUCUCAUGAUUGUGACAAAGGCUUGGCGGUGACUGUCCUGGGGGUUGGUUCAUUGCCGACAGAGAGGCUGCCUUCACUAAGUUAAUGGUCUGCUUUACAGUCUGAUCUGCCAUGGAAAGAUUAGGUUAGCAAUGGUGAGAGAAUGUUGAUGAUAUUCUAGUAGCCACUGUCUUCAGUCUUGAGUCCAUCGCCCCACUGUCUUUCAAAGAGUAAUCCAAUUUCACAUAUAUUUUAUAUUUCAUUAUGAAGGAAAGAUUCACAGAACAUUUGGGAGACAACAAAAGUAACAGCAGAAGUUUGAAUCUUACAGGAGACUCAAUCCCUCCUGUACUCGAGUCCCGGCUUCUUUAGUCCGCUCGGCCUGCUUUUCUUUUGACAGAAUAUAUAGUUUAGUGCUUGGGGGACAAACAGGCACAGUGCAUGGCAGGCUGGAGCUUUACCCUGCAGCUAUAUCCCCACCCCUGAUACUUGAUUUGAGACAAGUCCUCACUGUAACCCUGGCAGGGUGUCCUUGAACUCAGAGAGAUGCGCCUGCCUCUGUCUCCCAAGUGCUGGGAUCACAGGUACGCAGAACCACGUCUGGCUGCUUUCUUGUUUUAAAGACAGCAUCUUAUUAUGUAAGCCUAAACCAACUUCAAACUCACAAUCCUCCUGCCUCAGGCACUUGGAUCCUGGAAUUGCAGUCAAAGAGCUACUUCCAGCCGUAUAUGAGUGAUUGGCCUGCGUGUGUGUAUGAGCACAGCGUGUGUGGUCCCUGCCUGGGGAGGUCAGAAGAAGGUUUAGGAUCUCCUGGAACUGAAGUUACAGAUGGUUGUGAGUCAUUAUGGACGCUGGGAGCUAAAUCCCAAGUCCUCUGCAAGAGAACAAGUGCCCUUAACCUCUGCGCCAGCUCUCCAGCUCCAAAGAAACCAUUUUUAAAUAGAAGCAUAUAUUAUACAUUUGCACUUGACUUAUAACCAAGUCUUUACCCUACCUGAGUAAAUAUUUCAGAAAUACUUCAGUGGCCCAGUUUAGAACAUCUGCCCAGUGGACGAAGCCCAGUUUAUUUAUAAAGGCUUUUGGAGCCCUUAAGUUGCUGCUCAUUGCUUACGCAGGAAUUUAAAGCCACCACUUGAUGCUAGAUUGUGCGUAAUAUUUAGAAAAUGACAUGAUGAAUGCUCUUUGUUCUAUUUUUGAUAUACAUUAUUAUGAUCGGAUAGAUGACUGUACUCUAGAAAAUAACCCUGAUUUGGGACAAUGUAAGCUGGUUUGCCAUUUCCUGAAAUUAUGCUUAAUGUAGCUACUGUCAUUAGAGACACUUACGAAGCCGUUAGCUGACAGCAAGCCACUGAAGGCUGAGGCUGCACGGCAGAAGGUUGCUUCCUCCCAGCCCAUCCCAUUGAUUGCCAUGGAGAUGCUCAGUGGGUCCUCUUCAAGAACAAGUAUUCUUAACCUCCGCCAACAUCCCCGGCCCCCAUUUGCUUUGUUGGGAAAGUCUCAUUAUGGAACGGUGGCUGGCCUGGAAUAAAUGGCCCAGGCUGGCCUUGAACUCA